AUGACGGAACCUGUUCUCAUGCUUCAUGUCCUCAAUGAGGAGGAUGGUGCUCUGUUUCCUGCCGUUCAGAUGGUGCGCGAAACCUGGCUCGGACUUGCGGUGAUGGAUGCCAUUCGGCGCGUCUUCGGGGAGAACUUGCUGCUUUCGAAGCACCCGGAACGUUCCUGUCCUGUUGGCACGGGCACGGGCGCCUUCACGCGAUUAGUCACCGCCGCUGGUACACAACACCCACCCACCCAAGUAUUCAACACAUUAUACACACGAGCAAAGAUGCAGAUCUUUGUAAAGACCCUGACCGGCAAGACCAUCACCCUCGAGGUUGAGUCAUCCGACACGAUCGACAAUGUCAAGAGCAAGAUCCAAGACAAGGAGGGCAUUCCCCCAGACCAGCAGCGCUUGAUCUUUGCCGGCAAGCAGCUUGAAGACGGUCGCACCCUGUCCGACUACAACAUCCAGAAGGAGUCCACUCUUCACUUGGUCCUUCGUCUGCGCGGUGGUAUGCAGAUCUUUGUCAAGACCCUCACUGGCAAGACUAUUACCCUCGAGGUAGAGUCAUCCGACACGAUCGACAACGUCAAGAGCAAGAUUCAGGACAAGGAAGGUAUUCCUCCAGACCAGCAGCGCUUGAUCUUCGCCGGCAAGCAGCUCGAGGAUGGCCGUACCCUCUCCGACUACAACAUCCAGAAGGAGUCUACUCUUCACUUGGUUCUUCGUCUGCGCGGUGGUAUGCAGAUCUUCGUCAAGACCCUCACCGGCAAGACCAUCACAUUGGAAGUCGAGUCCUCAGAUACCAUUGACAACGUCAAGUCGAAGAUUCAGGACAAGGAGGGUAUCCCUCCAGACCAACAACGUCUCAUCUUCGCUGGAAAGCAGCUUGAGGAUGGCCGCACUUUGUCAGACUACAACAUUCAGAAGGAGUCCACCCUGCAUCUCGUCCUCCGUCUUCGUGGAGGUAUGCAAAUCUUCGUCAAGACCCUCACCGGCAAGACCAUCACAUUGGAAGUCGAGUCCUCAGAUACCAUUGACAACGUCAAGUCGAAGAUUCAGGACAAGGAGGGUAUCCCUCCAGACCAACAACGUCUCAUCUUUGCCGGUAAGCAGCUGGAAGACGGACGGACUCUGUCGGACUACAACAUUCAAAAGGAGUCGACGUUGCACUUGGUGCUCCGCCUCCGUGGUGGACAGUAG